UGCAAAAGCAAAACCUUCAACAAUGCAACAGCACCUCGUGAAGACGCAGAUGAAAGGGGUGCUUUCAUUUAAGAUGUGUUAAAACAGGAGGGGGGCAUCAUAAGUCAGAGACACCUCAUGUGACUGUCGCUGACAAACUGUAGUGUGGCUGUAAGACCCGUGAGCUGCUGCUGAUGUUGAUCAUGUUGACUGAGGGGGGGUUCUUCCUUCUUCGCCGUGCCACUCUUAACGUGAAGUGGAGCUGCUGAGAGACGGACAGUGAAGGGAAACACGCAGUCAGCGUGGUCGGAAGGGUUCUUACACGGAUAUCAUCAAUAUGGCUUGGAGAGGAGGGAGAUCGCGGUCGUUUUAUCGACCUAUCCGUCGUUUGAACUGAAAACCGGCGUUGUCUCUGACCCGUGGACUCGAAAAAGACAAGAAAAGGUGAUGACGUGGAUGGUGCCAUGUGAAUGACUGCAGAACAUGAAGCCCACACACAAGCUGCUGUUCGUCCUGUGCCCCAUGCUGGUUCUGGGCUUUAUUUACUACUCCUCUGGGAAGCUCCAUCUACCUGUGUGGGGCCAGAAGUCUCAGAAUGAUGCAGAAGGGACAGCUGUAGCCCUGACUAAAGGGGCUGAAGUGAAAAGAAUUCCAGAGUUGGAAACGGAAAUCCCCGUGGGACCAAUAGUAGGCUCAGUGUAUGAUAAGCAGGGCUUUCUGCUGCAGCUGGACACGAAACUGCCACCAGAGUUGGCAUACAAGUAUGGAAACCUCAGCGAAGGCGUGUGCAAGCCAGGAUAUACAGCAGCCAAGAUGACCAACAUCUAUCCCAAGUUCAUGAAACCAGCACCCUUGUUUCUUGAUCGGAACUUCAAACGUUUAGCAAAAGUUAGCAAUUACUUGCCUCCAUUUGGAUUCAAAACGCAAGAGAGAAUCAUAGACAGCAUUUUAACUGCCACAAAGAAUUACGGGUUGGGAGAGGAGCUGGACAGUCUCAGCUGUAAAAAAUGCAUCAUUGUGGGAAACGGAGGCAUCCUGUUCAACAAGUCUCUGGGCCCCCGGAUAGACGAAUACGAUGUUGUUGUGAGGUUGAAUGAAGCUCCAGUAAGCGGUUAUAGCAAAGAUGUAGGGACCAAAACCACCUUAAGGAUUACUUAUCCAGAGGGAGCUAUCCAGAAGCUUGAACACUAUGAAAAAGACUCACUUUUUGUUUUUUCGGCUUUCAAACCGCUGGACUUUAAGUGGCUCAAACACAUGGUCUUCAAGGAGAAACUGAGGGGCGUAGAGGGUUUCUGGAAGUCGGUGGCUCACUAUGUGCCUCGGGAACCGACCGAGAUCAGAAUCCUCAACCCAUACUUCAUCCAGGAGGCCGCCUUCCAGUUCAUAGGCCUGCCCUUUAACAACGGCCUGAUGGGCAAAGGGAACAUUCCAACUUUGGGAACAGUCGCCAUAACGAUGGCACUGCACAACUGUGACGAGGUGGCGGUGGCCGGUUUCGGCUACGACAUGAACACGCCCCACGCACCUCUGCACUACUACGAGACUGUAAAGAUGUCUGCAAUUAAAGAGUCAUGGACACACAACAUAUCCAAGGAGAAGGAGUUCCUCCGCAAGCUGGUGAAGUCCAAAGUCAUCACAGACCUUACACACGGUAUCUGAGUUUACACCCACGCCACAGUUUCCUUCAGCUUUCCCCAAAGGACUCCAGAACAGGAAGCUGAGGAAACGUAUUGACUCUUAGAGAGAGAGAGAGAGAGAGAGAGAGAGAGCCCUCAGAAUCCAGGUGGCCUACUUGCUGCUGGGGUUCUUUCAUAUCAAAGGCGAUCAUUCAAAAAAGAAAAGAAAAAAAAGAGACACACAGUUGAGUUUCUGUGGAGAGAUGCACACAUGUGCCUUCUGAACCAAAGACUCCUGCUGACUGAAGCAGGUGAGGGGGAGGACUGGAUCUGCCUGGCUCCUGUCUUUAUCAAGAGACAGUUGCAGGAGAGCUCUGCCAGCCCCGCUCUUCAACGUUUACCACUUCCAACCCCCUCGACUAUCACAUGAAUGAAUAUUAAGAGGUGACAUGUCAAAAAUGCAUGUGUCAGGAGAUAGCUCGACUCGCUGGCUAAGCUGAUGAAGGGGACAGAAGAGAGGAAUGAAAAGCGGAGCGUGUCAGAGAGGCGUGUGGGGAUGGGGGGAGUAUCAGCGGUGCCAAACGUACCUCGUACAGAGGAGAGGGGCUCGUCCUCUUCUUUUGCUGCCUGAAUGUAUUCACUUUCCUCAGUGUAAAUAUCAAGGAUUUUUACUGUGCUUUUAAACAAGCUGCAGCAGCACCCCCAUUCCUAACCCACCAUCCCCCACCUGCCAUUGGUCCAUUCAUUCUUUCUUACUGUCUGCAGUGUUUCCCCUAUGUUGGAGUUGUAGCAUCGUUGGCGAAGUGGAACAAUGUUUUAGUUGUGAGCAAAUUUUUAAAAAAUUCUUGUCAUUAAUAUAAUUAUUAACAUUUAUUGGACAAAAUAAUCAACCAACAACCACCCUAUUGUUGUAACCCGGCUCGUGAGUAAUGGCAGAAGACGAGAGGAGUCAGAAUUUUACCAAAGAAAAUUAAUUAUUUAUUUCGAAACUCGUAAAAAAACCAUAAUAUUAAGCAGCGGUGAUGAUAGAUGCAUAUAGGGGAAACACUGGUCUUUCCAGGCUCCAAAUUAACUCUUGCCAAGCUAUGGGACAGUAGAAACAUUAGCGAAGAUACAUCAGUGUUUUAGUUGUCCUCAGACUUUUUAUUUACAGAGCAGCUUCUGUCUGCCUGUUCAGCUGGAGAAGUCAACAGAAAGAAGAAGAAUUAAACAUGAAUACAGUUAAAUUAUUUGAAAAAUGUUGUCAAUAAAAGCCUUAAAUCUGCCUUUUUAACACUGAUCUUAGUUAUGUUAACCUACACUUAAAAACGAAAGUACCCUGAGAAAUUUGGGUGAUGGUUGUUUUUUGUUUUUUUUGUUUGUUUGUUUUUUGGGGGGAGGGGGGUUGAGCUCUGCAUCCUCCUUUUUCUUCCCCCUCUUUGUCUCUUUGUAAAUCCCUCUUCCUUUCGUUCUUCCUGUCAUGGGACUGUCCUCAUCACUUCAUCAGCUGUUGGCCUCGUAGUUGAAGCAUCCAGAAAAAUAUUCAGUUUGUUUGAUCCCUUUUUCAAAAAAAACCUCCCGUUGCUGCAGACUUUCUUCUUCUUCAGUGAAUGGUGAUGAUGACAAUGAAUAUAUAUAUAUAUAUUUUUUUGUUUUUGUUUUGAGGUUAACUUUAUUUAUUUUCUUACAAAGUCCCGAUGUUUGGUUUCAGGCAGGCCUGCUUUCUCUUGUUUCUGUUCAGACAAAAAGUCAGGUUAGGAUUUAGUUUUGCUGAAAUUCACCAUCUCGUGCUUCCUCAGAGACGGUCUCAUAUUUAAGGUUGUGUUGAAUCCAAUGAUGAGUCUGUCAUUCAUUGGCUCAGUGUUGAAUGUUAGUCAGCAGAACUUUUUAUUCCUGUGCUUUACGGAGCACAUGUGAACACAACACGUGCUCUUUUCUGCAUUGUUUAUGUUUUUUUUUUAAAUAUCUAAGUACUGAGAGCAGCUGCUGGCUCGUCAUUUCCCUGCUCAGAUCUUAAAUCAACAUCACUUGUGCCCAUUCUUUUUCUUCUUUUCAACACAUUGACAUGCUCUCUCAGUAUUACACAGACGCACCUUUUUACUGCCCCCCCCUCCUCAGAAAUAUGAUGCGAGGAUGUUGAAAUAUCAGCCAUGUUGCUUUUUGUCAUUAUCAAAAAGAAUGGGUAAGAUUAUCUUUAUAGACAUGGUGUUUAAUUAAAAACUUAGUCAGAUGACUUUUAUGGUUUUUAAACCUCUUUUCAGCAUCUGCUUCUUGUUUAGAAAUGAUCAUUGCUGUACUCACACACAGAGAGACACACACACACACACAUUGCUUUCGGCAGCUCUCGGUGCAGCUUGUGUCACCCAGUCGUGCUGAAGUGUUUCCUCUGGGUUUGAAGGAUGUGAAUGGAUCACUUAUUUUUCUAUCUCUGCCUUUCUUUGGGAUUUUUCUUUCUGAGUGCAAAGGUACAUCUGACCAUUGCACUUUCAUGAGGCACUCUCAGUGCCUUACACCCUCAUCACCUGGAAGCUGUAGGGAGGAGUUUGACUUGUUGACAUAACUGCAGUUGAUCCAGUAUAAAGAUCAGCUGCAGGUGUCGGCACAGUCACUCCUCAUGUGAUUUGAAAACGAUCCAUAUCAGCAAGUGUUACGUUUCAGAUCAAUGACAUUAUAUUUAGUAAAGGACGACUUUGAGCCCGAUACUGGUGGUUUUUCUGAUUUAAAGUUCAUACACUACAAUACAAAGGUGACAUGACUUCUUGUCUGAGGUUACUUAUUAUUCUUCUGCAACGCUGCUUUUUAUCGCCCUAGUUUUUGGUAGCUUUCUGGUACAGAGGCACUUUUUACAAGUCAAGUAGUUUAGUUUUCUUCUCAUGAAGAGCCCCACUCAGCCCGUGAAUAACAGCUGUUACAGUUACUUUCUGAGGGCUAAGAAAGGGUUGGAUCGGAUGAUGUUUGGAGCCUUGAUCAUACUCAUGGACUAAAGGUCAGGAUGUUUUUGCUCACUGCUGCUACAAAUCUCUCCCUUUAGUACACUGGCUUUGUGGAAUUGUACUGCCGAAUCACUGGAGUACUUAUUUAACGAUUGAAUAUGUUUGAAGGUCCUUGAAUGCGACAGCAAGUGGGAGUUUGAAAGUUCUCUUGUGUUACUGCGACAGAUAUAAACAUAGUGUUUUACAAAGCUUGGAACAUUUCUUGCCUACCUAGCUUCUUGUAAUGUACAUCAAUCUUUGGCUAAUGGUUGUAUCAAAUUUUGAAUCUGUGCAAUUUAAGUCUAAAAGGCUUCAUAAAAAAACAUGCCAAACCACCAGUAUGGUCUUUACAGCUUUGAGACUGAGCAGAUCGUGUGUUGGAGGGAGUCUCUUUUCUGUUUUUUUUCUCUGUUUUGAAUUUUUACGAAUGCUGGAGGAGUUCAAAUGAAUUGAACCCAAAUCACCUCGACAGAGUCUCUCUUCAUUCAAAACAGAAUGUAUUUGCUUGAACCAUUCAUCAUAUUUCUAAGAUUUUAUUUUUUCAUUUCAUCUUCAUCAUCAGCAGGAAGUCAAAGAGGUCAAGUGUUACUAUAUCUUUUUUUCUUUUUCUUUUUCUUUUUUUUAUUUUACAUGAAGUUCUAAAUGGCUUUCUGCAACACAAUAAAUGAGUUUGUAAUGGAUAUUUGCCUGUGCAUGUUGUCUGCAUCUUUUGACUGCUUCUGUGGAGCAAAUAGAUGUUUUUUUUCACAGCUCGACGACAGUGUGUUUUUGUUUUGUAUUGGUCAUUUUGUACAUACAUAUCUGUACACUGUGAAUUUCCAGUAUAUAUAGUAAAUAUUUUUGAUGUA